ACAUUAAUUCAGUGAGACAGAUUAAAAAAAAUGGCUUUCUCUUCCAACAAUGUCACUAACACAAUCCUAGCCAUUUUUCUUUCUUGUUUGAUUAUGAAUCUGAUGAACAUCAAUUCAGCCAAAUCUUUCUUUGCAAAAGCAGACUUAGUAGAUGACGUUUGUUCCCAAACCGUCAUCGACCCCAACUAUUGCAAAACAGCGUUACGGUCCGAUCCUCGUACUUCCAAAGCAAACCUUCCAACGUUGGCACAAGUUGCAAUAGAUUUGGCACGAUCCAAUACCAAAUCGACCAUAACUUUGGUAAAAUCCAUUGAGAAGAAAGUAACAGAUCGUAGACUAAAAGGGAUAUACGAUACGUGUUUGGAGAACUAUUCGGACACAAGUGACAAUCUUGAUGGUUGUGUUACGGCAUUGAAGGCGAAAGAUUAUCCCACGCUCAAUAUCCGGGCAUCUGCUGCACUUGAUGGGCCGAGUACCUGUGAUGAAGGCUUUACCGAGGCUAAAUUGUCCGAACCUGGACAACUUAAGACAUCAAGUAGGCAUGUUCAAGAGUUAAGUUCGGUUAUCUGUAAUAUUGCCAAUAGGUUAUCAGCUGGCAGAAUAUGAUAAGAAUGAG